AUGGCUAAGCGAAGAUCCUCCGCAAGCGCUUCUUCCCCGCGUAAGAAGGCCCGGCUAGACCUGCCGACCGAUACCCCGAGCCUAGAGAUAUCGACCGACGAAGGCGCAUCUUUAUUAACAACAUCAACAUCAUCACCUCCAAGCCCCUCGCGACGCGAGAAACGGAAGAGAACAGACAGUGAUCCUACCGAUGGCUCAUUAGAAGAGUCGGAGUCAGGCACCAGCGCGAAACGAGCCAGGACACAGAGCCCAGCUAGCGAAACGGAGCAUUCACGCAAGCCAGGCUUUGAACCAUGGCCAGAAUGGCAAGAUAAUCCAGAUUUCGUACCAUGGCCGAGCGCUUUUGACGACCCACAGUCGGAAGCACAUAUAUUUUAUGAAGAUGAACACUACACAAAGGAGCUAACUGCGGAGGCUCGUGAGUUUCGGAAGCAGGCUACUUUGGCGCUGCAGGGCUAUUUGCUCUGCGAAUGUGGAAAGUAUCACCAAAUGGAUGGCCGAAAACCGUGGCAUUAUCCCGGGAUGGAACCAGAGCUGGAUGAAUCAGAUGAAGAACGGGUUCAGCCAGGUACUGGCUCGUCUCACCCAGGUCGCCGUCGAGAGCCGUUCCCAAGCCCAGAGCUUUCCGAUGAUGAAGAGGCAGAUGCAACUGGGGGCGAUCAACUCGAAAUCAUGCCUGUCAGUGCUUCCGAACCAUCAUUGGCUUCGUCAGUCUCGCCAGCUUCUGUCAUUUCAGGAGCAUCAAAUGUCUCUCCUACCAAUUCACCCGCCACUUCGCCUGUCUCUUCAUCUACAACCACUGAAGCUCAAGUUUCACGUCAACGUAGCAACACGAAGCGCAGUGCCAGAAAGCUGGCCUCACAGCGCCAGACACGGAAAAAAAACAAGAGAAAGCUGCAGAGGGGGAAUGCAGAUAAAAGCGACAAGCGCCAGCCUCGUGGUCGGAAAUCGAAGACUACGUCGACAAUUGAAGAGCCCGUUGAGUCACGACGAUCAUCUAGGAGAGCUGCAGGUUCUCAGCUGUGGUUUUUGGACAACAACGGCGAAGCUUGCUUGGUGGCGUCUUCGUCAAGGUAA